AUCUAAGCAAUCGAAAAUCUUGAUUCGUCCAGGCAGGUCCUGUAGAAAUGAACCCGACAAACUACGAUCCCCGUAUCGGCCAACCGGCACAAAGUCGACCACAAGUAUCCCUGAGUAUGGGAAGACGAAUUGUUCAAAUGCCUACAGGUCUUCCUCGUUCAUACCAAGAUGAGAGUCACAAUGAACCUGUGGGCUGGGAUGAACCUUCGGGAGUUGGAGGAUCUAGUGGAGCAGGAGGUCAACAAUCUGACAAACCAACCGGACUCAGACAUUUUUCCACGAAAGUUUGUGAAAAGGUGAAAGAAAAAGGAUUGACGAAUUACAAUGAAGUGGCUGAUGAACUGGUAGCAGAUUACUUUCAAAAUAAUCUUAUCAAGCAGAUUGAUGUUGUGAAACAAGAAUACGAUAUGAAAAAUAUUCGGAGGAGAGUAUACGAUGCGUUGAACGUUCUUUUGGCAAUGAAUAUCAUCACAAAAAGCAAGAAAGAUAUCAGAUGGAUUGGACUUCCUGCUUCAGCUUCACAAGAAAUUUCGAGAUUGGAAGAAGAGAAAUCGCGACGGGAAGCCAGCAUAAGUUCCAAAAAGCAGGCUCUCGAAGAAAUGGUAUUGCAAAUUGUUUCUUACAAAAAUUUGGUCGAACGGAAUAGAAAAAAUGAGCACAAAAAUGGUCGCCCAGAAAACGACACUGUACUUCAUCUUCCGUUUUUAAUAAUUAAUACUGAUAAAGAAGCAAAUGUGGAAUGCAGUGUAUCAUCAGACAAAUCCGAAUUUCUGUUCUCGUUCGACAAGAAGUUUGAAAUUCACGAUGAUUUCGAAAUUUUAAAAAAGUUGAACCUUGCAUGCAGUUUGGAGACUACAAAUCCCACAGCGGAAGAAGUCAAAACUGCGAAAAGCUUUUUGCCAACCUUACACCAGCACUAUGUCGACGAAAUCAUUGCCAACCGUAAAAAGGUUGAAGCAGAAAAAGAGGAAAAGAGAAAACAACAACAGUUGAUUGCUGAUCAAAUGUCUAUGAACCUCUCACAAGCCCAAUACGUUGAGCCGACAAGCUCUUUGGCGCAAAUGUCAUAUUCAUCGCGAUUCAACAGACAGCUUCAGGAGCAUUUGAUAAACGAUGGAAGUGAGGACAGAAGUGCUGCUGCCGGUAUAAUGGAACGCGAUUAUGAUAUGGAUAAGAAUGUUAAUCAGGGAUCAGCCAGCCGAGGGCCAAUGUAUAAUACUUAUAGUCCACAAAAGAUUCGAGCUCAAGUUAACACGCCUCUUCAAGUACCACCCGUUACCAAACGAUAUUACGUACAGAAGACACAAGGACCAAUGAAGCAUGAUAUGACUCCCGUCGUUCGAACUGUCAAUCGGCCGUACUCUACUGUACCUCCAGAUCGCAGGCUCUCAACUGGAGCUACUUCUGUGAAUUCAGGACCUGUAAAAUACUACGUGCCACAAGGACAUCAACCGAUGCAUCAGCCAGUUGGUCAGAGAUAUAGAGUUCGUCCACAGCAACCACAAAUGAGUCAUAUGGGUCAGCCACAUCAAGUGCAACAGAGAGUUGUCUAUCCUGCUGGAAGCAUUUCUGGACAUCAGUUACAACCUGGACAACGAAUCGUAACUCAGCGAAUUGUUGCUCCAGGUGGUCCACACCCGCCGGGCACAAUUGUUCGGAAAGUGAUUCGUAAAAUUGUUGUCAACAAUCCAAAGCAAUCUCCAGCUCAACAAGUUAUACAAAAGAAAAUGAUGGAGCAAGAUAUGUGCACAUUUGAACGCAAAACGGAACAGCCGAUGACUUCUGCGCAGGCCGCUGCUCUCAUUCAACACCCUCAACCGGAGGAAUACGAUUAUUUCCAGUAAAUGUUUAAUGUAACUAGUUGUUAUCCCCCUUUUCCCAGUUUUUAAAGGUUCUCAAACGAUUCUCAUCUGCUUUUAAAAUAGUUUCUAUACGAGUUUCAAUUUUAUUUCUAGACUCCUUUAAAAUCCCCUCUUCUUUAAUCUUUAAAAUAGUAUAGUCUUCUUCGUCGAUUCUAUUCCGACAUUUGCCAGAUUAGAAUUGACGACAGAUUUCAUAAUCUACCUUUUACAUUAUUAUUUUGUGUUCAAUUUGACAUUUUGAAAUAUGCUUCUUAUAUGCCCCGACUUUGACAGCAUUAUAUGUAACUCAAUGCUCCCGAUUUUACCAUCAUUUUUUAUGAAAGAAUGAUAGAUUAU